CAAUAAUUCAACAACUUCCUUUUUUAUUUCGUUUAUAAUUGACUCAAUAUUCUGAUUUAGUGGAGUUGAAUUGUUAGUUAAUAGAUGGCGACACUUCAGGAUAUUGGUGUAUCAGCUGGGAUAAACAUUCUCAGUGCCUUUGUUUUCUUCAUCAUCUUUGCGAUUUUGAGGCUUCAGCCUUUCAAUGAUAGAGUUUACUUCUCAAAAUGGUAUCUCAAGGGGUUAAGAAGCAGCCCUGCGAGUGGUGGCGCCUUUGCGCAGCGCUUUGUGAACCUGGACUUCAGGUCUUAUAUGAGGUUCUUGAAUUGGAUGCCAGAGGCUUUGAAGAUGCCUGAGCCUGAGCUGAUUGAUCAUGCUGGUUUGGAUUCAGUUGUGUAUCUCCGGAUUUACUGGCUGGGGCUUAAGAUCUUUGCUCCAAUAGCAGUGCUUGCUUGGGCAGUUCUUGUGCCAGUCAACUGGACAAAUAACACAUUGGAGAUGGCUAAGCAGCUAAGGAAUGUAACUUCGAGCGACAUUGACAAACUCUCUGUUUCAAAUAUUCCAGAGUAUUCAAUGAGGUUUUGGACUCAUAUAGUAAUGGCUUAUGCCUUUACCAUCUGGACUUGUUAUGUGUUGAUGAAAGAAUAUGAGACAAUAGCUAACAUGAGGCUCCAGUUUGUUGCAUCAGAAGCUCGUCGACCUGACCAGUUCACUGUUCUGGUUAGGAAUGUACCUCCGGACGCAGAUGAAUCUGUAAGUGAACUGGUGGAGCAUUUUUUCCUGGUCAAUCAUCCUGAUCACUACCUGACACAUCAGGUUGUAUGCAAUGCAAACAAGCUUGCCGAUUUGGUGAAAAAGAAGAAAAAGCUGCAGAAUUGGCUUGAUUACUACCAGCUCAAAUACGCUAGGAAAAACUCUCAGAGAAUUAUGGUGAAGCUUGGCUUUCUUGGGCUAUGGGGACAAAAAGUAGAUGCCAUUGAACAUUACAUUGCUGAAAUUGACAAAAUAUCAAAAGAGAUCAGUAAAGAAAGAGAGGAGGUGGUGAAUGAUCCCAAUAAGGAGGUUAAUCAUGCAUGUUGCCUUCUUCUUCUAACCUUCUUCUUCAUUAUCCCCAUCGCGUUUGUUCAAUCUCUUGCUACCAUUGAAGGGAUUGUGAAAGUUGCUCCGUUCUUGAAGGUUAUUGUAGAGGAUAAAUUCAUGAAAUCGGUGAUACAAGGUUUUCUACCGGGUAUUGCACUGAAGAUUUUCCUCGCCUUUCUGCCAUCCAUUUUGAUGGUCAUGUCUAAAUUUGAAGGCUUCACAUCAAUCUCAUCUUUAGAGAGACGAGCAGCGUUUCGAUAUUACAUCUUCAACUUAGUGAACGUCUUUCUUGCAAGUGCCAUACCGAUGAAAGCAACUUUCUUCAUCACGUAUAUAAUGGUUGAUGGUUGGGCAGGAGUUGCAGGAGAGAUUUUAAUGCUGAAACCACUGAUUAUGUUCCAUCUCAAAAACGCCUUCUUGGUCAAGACAGAGAAAGACAGGGAAGAAGCAAUGGACCCGGGAAGCAUCGGUUUUAACACGGGCGAGCCUCGGAUACAGCUCUACUUCCUUCUCGGUCUUGUCUACGCUCCCGUGACACCGAUGCUUCUUCCUUUUAUCUUGGUCUUCUUCGCCCUUGCUUACAUUGUGUAUCGCCACCAAAUCAUAAACGUAUACAACCAAGAAUACGAGAGUGCUGCAGCGUUUUGGCCAGACGUUCAUGGACGAGUCAUAGCGGCAUUGGUAAUAUCACAGUUACUUCUGAUGGGUCUAUUGGGAACAAAGCACGCUGCAUUAGCUGCACCUUUUCUCAUUGCUUUGCCUGUGCUUACCAUCGGUUUCCACCACUUCUGCAAAGGUCGUUAUGAGCCAGCCUUCAUCAGAUACCCUUUACAGGAAGCAAUGAUGAAAGAUACAUUGGAAAGCGCAAGAGAACCAAACCUAAACCUUAAAGGCUACUUGCAAAAUGCUUACAUUCAUCCGGUUUUCAAAGGCGAUGAAGACGAUGAUGACAUUGAUGACAAGCUCAGGAAGUUUGAGGAUGAAGCCAUCAUUGUCCCCACCAAACGUCAGUCGCGGAGAAAUACUCCGGCUCCUAGCAGAAUCAGUGGGGAAGAUUCGCCGUCUUUGCCCUUUAGUGGUAAACUAGUCUAAGAGAAGCUUUGCUCAUGAUCAAAAGAAUAUAUGUACAUAGAUAGAGUAAGAGAAGCCUACCAAAAUGAGAAUAUGUGGCCAAGAUUUGUGAUGUUGAUAUUAUUAAAAGAUUUUGUCUUGUGGCGUGGUGAUUCCUAAAUUUCGGGGUCGUUUUAUAAGAAAUCGAUUUUAUUGUG